AUGGCCCCCCCGCCCCCUACAACAUCCUCAGCUACCCCCCCCCAGCCUACCUCUAUGUCCUACCAACUAGAGAACAUUAUAAACGCAGCUACAACCCGCGCAGAGGAAGCCCGGCUUGUGUUCAGCCCUAUCGCAGCUCUUUGGGACGACUACAGACAAUCCGAAGACGUCCAAAAGCUCCCCUCAAGGCUCCGCAAACCCCUCUCUACCCUGUGCACAGAAAUCACAGAAGUAGUAAACAAGCACUUUGAGUCAUAUAUCAAAGGUGCCCCUCUACGUAAACAUAUUCAGACGCCUAGCUUUACGCCGUCAAGCGCCUCACACGCAGCCCCUGACACCCAAGCUACCCCAACCUCCUGCAGAACAUACGCAGCAGCAGCUUCUACCCCCCUCCCAAUCACACCAGAGCAACCCCUCAGGAAAGCUGGGAGCCCCCCCCAGAGAAGCAAGGCAUAUAACUCCCCACGACCAGAGACACGCCUAUUCGUCCGUAUAUCAAAUGAACACCCUGCACGUGAAUGUCACGAAUCACGUGCACACGUGACAAGUGAAGACCAGGCGGCGUCCUGA